AUGGCCACAUUUUCCAUCAUCGACGAGCUUCUCGGAACUCCCAACGUUCCCCCUGAGCACAGCGCGACUAGCCUCAUCAGCCGCCUAUUGGAAGUAGCGGCAUAUGAAGCAACGGAGAGCGAUAUCAACAUACAAACAUGCUAUUCUAUUGUCAGGGUGGCUCGAGAAAAACGUGAAGAGAUCGACACGGCCCUUAGGGAACUUACAGACAUCGACUCGGAGGAGAAGGCGUGGAAGACAUUUCAUCAGGCCAUUCAGGACAUUCGUAAUCUUGAAAGACUUGUUCUGAAAGCUGGGGUCCUAAAGCCGGCAAACAUUGACCUUGAAUCCACGACAGUUCAAAUGGCUCAUACACACCUGAAAACAUGGGAGGGUCGACGAGAAAAGCUUGGAGAAAGUCAUCACCAUAUCGUGACGUUCCUGGCUAAGCCCGAAACGAUCGUUAAAGCUGCACAGCAUCAAGACGACACUUCACUUCUCCAAACCCUGGUUGGCAGAAUUAUCAGCGGACAAGAGAGUGCGAUCAACUGCCAGGGUCUUGUGGACGCUCAUAAAGCGCUGAAGGCUCAUUUGGAUGAGGCCAGCAAGAAGUCAGGUUUGGAAGGGCAGAGAGUCCUGUAUGCAGUGAAAGCUGCAUGGCUUAUCAACUCCGCUAUUGUGGAAGCGAAGGAUGCCAGAGGAACGCGAAAGCUUGGGUUGAUCGACGAAACCUUAUGGAACCUCGGUCGAGAUUUCGUAUCGAGUAUCACAGACCUGGAAGAUUCCGCGCUCGAGGCUAAAUACAGCGAAUUCCUCAACAAGCUGCUGGUGAACAACGAACAAGAACCCCCGACAUAUGGCAUUAUAAAACUCAUCGUGGCCUCUAGGAAGAUCACGCGGCCUUUCCUAUCGCGCAACGAGACUCUCUUGGAUCAUUGCAUGAUCUUGACGCGCGAGUACAACAGUGACAGUGACAUUGGACACAAGGUCCAUCAUCAAGGUUCGGUCAAGCUUGCAAUCGAAGAGUCUCAGAAAGCCGUAGACGCCGCAGUGAAGUGCCUUCCGGCCAGUGGCACAUUCGAAAUCGAGCAGAGAGUCUUCCAAGAAGCAGUAGAAGCGUAUAGGGUAGCACAACAGAAGGUCAUAGAGGCGUUGAACGAGUACAAACCGACCGAAGCUGCCGCGCUCGAGCAAAAAAUGCGGGCCGCAACCCAGGAUGACAAUGAUCGCAUAGAAGAGCUCAAGGGUCGGUGCACAUCUACAUCUAUGACAUCGCGGACAAAAGCCGGAACGAUUAAGAUCACUAUCACGGACAGUCCAAUAACCCCAGCAGAUAGAGAGUAUCCAGGCGACACUAAGAUUGGUGCGCUUAUAUGGGAAGCAAGGCUCAGAGCAGGAAACCACAUUGUGGGGCUCAUGCAGGAUGGAAAGUAUUUGGAAGCACAUCAAACUAUCCAGACCCUUGAUCGUGCGAAGGAGCUCAGAUUUGUAUUGUCCACAUGA